AUGGGGAGGCCAAGUCAACCCUUUCUCACUUUUGUCCUUCCCGAAGGUUUCUAUUUCUUCCUCCUCUUUGGCAGUUGGGUUUGGCAAGAGGAGUUUUUGGGACGUUUUGUGCUGAUGGGUUCCUGCUUCAGUUCUAGAAUCAAAGCUGACAGCCAUCUUCAUAAUGGAUUACAUUCAAAUAGCAAGGUGUCGUCUGUCUCGGUGCCUUCAACUCCUCGCACGGAGGGUGAGAUCUUGCAGUCCUCCAAUUUGAAGAGCUUUGCCUUUAAUGAACUGAAAACAGCCACCAGGAACUUCCGUCCUGAUAGUAUGGUGGGUGAAGGUGGUUUUGGUUGUGUCUUUAAGGGGUGGGUUGAUGAGAAUUCAUUGACAGCUGCCAAGCCUGGUACUGGCAUGGUUAUUGCUGUGAAAAGGCUCAACCAAGAAGGUCUCCAGGGUCACAAGGAAUGGCUGACGGAAAUUAACUACCUCGGGCAGCUACAUCAUGAAAAUCUUGUGAGGUUGAUUGGUUACUGCUUAGAGGAUGACCACCGGAUGUUGGUGUAUGAAUUUAUGCCUCGCGGAAGCUUGGAUAAUCAUCUAUUUAGACGGGCUUCUUACUUUCAACCACUUUCGUGGAACCUUCGUAUGAAGAUUGCCCUUGGUGCUGCUAAGGGUCUAGCAUUUCUUCACAGUGAUGAGGCCAAAGUGAUAUAUCGGGACUUUAAAACUGCUAAUAUCCUGCUUGAUUCAACCUACAAUGCCAAACUUUCUGACUUUGGUCUGGCCAAGGAUGGGCCAGCAGGUGAUAGAAGCCAUGUCUCAACCAGGAUCAUGGGGACAUAUGGGUAUGCAGCUCCAGAGUACAUGGCCACAGGUCAUUUAACUGCCAAAAGUGACGUGUAUAGUUUUGGGGUUGUUCUGCUCGAAAUGUUGUCUGGCAGACGAGCUGUGGACAAAAACCGGCCAUCUGGGGAACACAAUUUAGUUGAAUGGGCGAAGCCUUACCUUGCCAGCAAACGCAAAGUUCUCCAUAUCUUUGACGCUCGUAUUGAAGGCCAGUACUCUGUGGGUGGAGCUCUCAGAGCAGUUAACCUUGCAAUUCGAUGCUUAGCAGUAGAAGCCAAGUUUAGGCCAAACAUGAAUGACGUUAUAAAAGCAUUGGAGCAGCUUCAGGAACCUAAUGAUACGGAGGGAUCCGGUGUCUCUCAAAACGAUCCUCGCCCGAAUCCUCACGCCAAUUCAAGCCAUGUUCCCAAACAACGCAGGAAUAGUAUCAACGGGAUCGACAAUGCAACUCCUCCUCAUCCCAAGGCAUCUGUUCCCCGCAGCUAUGCAUGA